AUGCAUACCUCCUCUCUUAGCCACCUCUCUCUCUCGCUGUUAGCAGCCUCCACGGCCAUCUGGACUCCGUCCACCCUCGCAGCCCCAGUCCAAGAGCCCGCCCAAGCGCUCUCCCUCGCCCUCGCGCCGCUCUCAAUGUCCUGCGCGGACCUCACUGCCUUCAACGCCGCGCUUUCAACCCUCACGAGCCUCUCUGCGCCACCCGAGACCCCUGACUCCCAGCUGCCUGAACUGCAGACCCAGCUCGCGGCCGUAUCCUCCCUUGCCGCGGGCUACAGGGACUUCGCGAACGCUUUCAACCCGAGCAACUGCGCCCCGGGAUUGGCCGAGUCUGCCCGCCUGAGCUCCCGCCAGGACGCCCCCGGCGGUCCUGGCCCAGUGAGGCUGAUCUGUGACGUUGUGUAUCUCCCGGGUCUUCCUCCAAUACUGGUUGACGCUGUGGACGACGCUUUGGGCUGUGAGUAUGAGGAGGAGUAG